UUUUAAGAUUUUAUUUAUUUAUUCAUAGAGACACAGAGAGAGGGAGGCAGAGACACAGGCAGAGGGCAAAGCAGGCUCCAUGUAGGGAGCCCGAACACUAAACUGCUGAGCCACCCCAGCUGCCCUAAAAAUGUUUUUAAAUAAAAGUUUUUACAAGGAGCAAAUAUUUGUAAUUUGAAAUAACACAAAGAUUAUUCUAAAAAUAGGCAUAAACUGAAUGUUUAUCAUUAGAGGGCUAACUGAAUUAUGGGAUACCCAUAUUCUGAAAUACUAUGAACUCAUCAAAAAUGUCCGUAUAAUGACAUGGGAAAAAAAUUGUCCAUAGAAGAGCAAGUUGCAAAACUGUAUGGGCAGCAUGAGCCCUUUAUGUGUAUUUUUAUACAUUAAGGAUGUAAAUAAACAGAAAAGGUGUAAGGAUACUCAACAUCUCAGCAGUGGAGAUGAGGGCUUUUCAUUUUCUUAAAUCCAUAUUUUUGUAAGGUUUAAUUUUUUAGUACGACGCAUGAAUUACUUUUAUAUAAAACAUUUAAGGGGGGGGCAAAUGGGCAGGGCUUCCCGGCGUGUUUCUCAGGCCCAAGCAUGGCCGAAAGGCGAGGACUCCAGGACCCCGCACCACAGUCCUGUGAACAGCCGCACCCUGUUCAGCCCUCAGAGUCCACCUCAGCCGACGUCCUCCUUCGAAAGGUGCAACGGAACGGAGCUGGAGGAGGCAGCUGCCGCCUGCCUGCCGACGGCGAUCGCACGAAACCUCCGCCGAGGAGAGCGCGAAGGCGGCGGGGAGCCGAGAAGGCCCCGUCCCCCCGCAAUCUGGUUGCAACUGGAGGAGAGGGAGGGCUCGGGAGGGACCGCGGGCGUCCGCGGGUUCUCAGGGCAGGGCCCGCGCCUCAGCGUGGGGAGGGAGGGAGCCGCCGAGCCCUCACACACUCGGGGGCCAGCCUGAGCAGUUCCUGGAAUGCAGGGGAAGUGAGUGCGGUGACACGCCGGGGGGGCCCCCGGUCAGCGGUCUCUGUGAAACCGUCGCCUCCAGAUCGAGCCCCUAGAUUGAAGUCCCAGGAUAUCCUGGCGGGUUCCAAGAACCCGGCCCGGAACGUGGGCGGGGUUCCUGCCUCCUCCACGCCCCGCUCCGGCCCUCGUCGCCCGCGGACCCCCCAGGCCCAGUCAGCGCCGGGCCCGACCCGUCCCGCGCCCAGGUUUCCUCGGCCCGGAGCUCCCUCAAAUCCCCCCCGGAGACCCCGGCCCCGCGCCCCCGUCCGGCGCCUUCCCCUCGACCCCGCGCCUCAUUUCCGCAUAGUUCCCGCUCCCGGCACCCAGCGCGCGCCUCGCGGACUCCGCGGGCCCGGGCCCCCUGUCCGGAGGGUGGGCAGCGAGGGCGUUCUGAGAAGCUCCGAGAAGCAGCAGGCCCGGAGGCGGAAGCAGAGGAUGGAGAGGUCCGGGCCCGCGCAGUUGGGCCCCGCCGGCUCGCGGCCCGAGCCUGAGCCUGGGUUGGCCCGGUGCCCGCAAGGUGCGCUGCGCGGGAUGGGCGGCCCACGGUGCGCCGGUCCGGGCGGAGCGAGUGAGCUGGGAGUGUCCGACCCACGAUCUGGAAUCCAGGGCCCAGCGGGAGUUAUUGAGGUGUACUCGGGCCCAGUGGCUCUCUUACUAUGGAUGCCAAGACCUGUGCUGGCAGAGGUGGGGAGCGGGGCCCAGGAGGCCCAACUGAUGGGGCGCUGCCUCUCCAGCGCCUCCCAGGUAUGGGGAGCUCGGCUCUGUGCCGCCGCCGUGUGGACUUGGGUGUGA